UGUUAGGCCAUGUUGUGGAAAAAAUUCCCAUACAUGUUUUCUAUAACCACAAUUACAUGCAUAAUGGCAACAUUCCAAAGCACCGCAAUUGGUUUGUGCAUUGAUAGAACAGAAGCGUCGUGGAAGUUAGGGUGGAAUUUGCAACUAAUCACUAUCCUUUAUUCAGGAGUAUUGGCUUCAGCAGCAACACUUUGCUUAGUGUUUUGGGCAAUUGCUAAAAGGGGACCGACUUAUCCUUCAAUGUUCAAUCCAUUGUCCCUUGUAUUUGUAGCCAUCACAGAAGCUAUUUUCUUUGGCGCGUCCAUCUCCGUUGGAAGCUCAAGUCAAUCUUAUUGCACAUCGUCUUCUCUCUCUUAUGUCAACGACAAGGCCCCUGUACCAGACAAAGAUUCUCCACCAGUCAUGAAAUCUAAUCCAUCCUAUGAAACUUGGAUGAUUGUAGAUGCACAAAAUUGGCCAUGCCUUCUAGCUAUUGUGUCUCCUACUGUAACACAUAAGCGUCUUCAUGGUCUUCGUAAAGGCACUGACUUCAUGCAAAAAUAUAUUGAUACUGCACUUGGUAUUGUUACGUCUCUUAAACUGGAUCAUGAGCUCAUACCAGAUAAUGAUCUUGUUUUGCAUGUUCUACGUGUCCUUCUUGCCGAAUAUGCCUCCCUCAAACAGAAUGUCUGAACGAAAAUAGGCUCUCUGACUUUUAAUCAAGUUUCCUCAUGGUU